GAAGGUGAGCCCCAGAAGUCUCUAGUCCUCACCACGCUCGCCUAUUAAGCUCUUCCAACUCCUCUCCAACUAUUUUCCUCAAUUAACAAUUAAACAACUAAACUAACCCCAAAUCAAAACCCCUAAUUCCAUAAUUCUCAUUUUCUGCAAUUCAUGGCCGACGAAGCUAAAGCCAAAGGCAACGCCGCCUUCUCCUCCGGCGAUUACGCCGCCGCCGUACGCCAUUUCUCCGAUGCCAUAGCUCUCUCCCCGGACAACCACGUUUUGUACUCCAACCGAUCCGCCUCCUACGCCUCCCUCAAGAAGUACUCCGACGCCUUAGCCGAUGCCAAGAAGACGGUGGAGCUCAAGCCCGACUGGUCCAAGGGCUACAGCCGCCUCGGCGCCGCCCACCUCGGCCUCUCCCAAUACGACGACGCCAUUGCAGCAUACAAAAAGGGCCUCGAAAUCGACCCCAACAACGAGCCCCUCAAAUCCGGCCUGGCUGAUGCCCAGGCAGCCGCCUCCAGGGCCCGCUCGGCCCCUGCAAACCCCUUCGGGGACGCCUUCUCAGGGCCAGAGAUGUGGGCUCGGCUCACUGCAGACCCAACCACUAGGGUUUAUCUUCAGCAGCCGGAUUUCGUGAAGAUGAUGCAGGAUAUUCAGAAGGAUCCAAACAAAUUGAACUUGUACUUGAAGGAUCAGAGGGUUAUGCAGGCCAUUGGCGUCUUGCUCAAUGUCAAGAUUCGAACCCCAACCGAUGAUGCUGACAUGCCAGAGUCCUCUUCUCCUUCUCCUUCCCCUUCCCCCUCCCCCUCCCCCUCCGAGAGGAAGAGGGCGGCUGAAGCGGAGCCUCCAAGGCAGCCCGAACCUGAGCCAGAGCCCGAGCCCAUGGACUUGUCGGAGGAGGAGAAGGAUAAGAAGCUGAGGAAGGCAGAGGCGCAGAAGCAGAAGGAGGCUGGGAACGCAGCGUACAAGAAGAAGGAUUUUGAUACAGCUAUUCAUCAUUACUCGAAGGCUUUGGAGUUGGAUGAUGAGGAUAUAUCUUAUCUCACAAACCGUGCUGCUGUUUACUUGGAAAUGGGAAAGUAUGAGGAAUGCAUAAAAGACUGUGAUAAGGCUGUUGAAAGAGGAAGAGAACUAAGAUCAGACUUCAAGAUGAUAGCAAGAGCUUUGACCCGGAAAGGAACUGCCUUGGUGAAGAUGGCUAAAUGCUCAAAGGAUUUUGAACCUGCCAUCGAGACUUUCCAGAAAGCACUUACAGAACACCGGAACCCAGACACAUUGAAGAAACUUAAUGAAGCUGAAAAGGCUAAGAAAGAUCUAGAACAACAAGAAUAUUUUGAUCCAAAUUUGGCUGAUGAGGAGCGAGAGAAAGGAAAUGAAUACUUCAAGCAACAAAAGUAUCCCGAGGCUGUGAGGCAUUACACAGAGUCUUUGAGGAGAAACCCUAAAGAUCCUAGGACUUACAGUAACAGAGCUGCAUGCUACACCAAACUAGGGGCAAUGCCGGAAGGUUUAAAGGAUGCUGAGAAGUGCAUUGAGCUUGAUCCAACCUUUGUAAAGGGUUAUACAAGGAAAGGUGCGGUACAGUUUUUCAUGAAGGAAUAUGACAAGGCUUUGGAAACAUAUAAGGAGGGGUUGAAACACGACCCCAACAAUCAGGAGUUACUUGAUGGCAUUGGAAGAUGUGUACAACAAAUUAAUAAGGCAAGCCGUGGGGAUUUAAGUCCCGAAGAAUUGAAGGAGAGACAGGCGAAGGCAAUGCAAGAUCCAGAGAUACAGAACAUCCUCCAAGACCCAGUAAUGAGACAGGUAUUGGUUGAUUUCCAAGAAAAUCCAAAGGCUGCACAGGAACAUACGAAGAAUCCAAUGGUGAUGAACAAAAUCCAAAAACUCAUCAGUGCUGGGAUUGUCCAGAUGAGGUAGAAUUUAUGGCAACUGAGCUGGCUGGGUGUUCAAGCUAAUUAAGGAGUAAUUGACAGUUAUAUUUCCCAUUGCGACUCUUGUAUUGCUGUAGAUUCGAUUUGAUUUACAAAACGGUUGGGAAAUGUUGGGUUGUUUAAGGUUUUCUUUUUUGGUCUUUGCCUUGUUUAUAGUGAAUCCAGAUGAUUCGAGUAAAAUUUUGAACAUUUUUACCCCCUCGUACUUUUGCGGUUGUUGGUUCAAUUUAUAUUGAUUUUGAUUUUUUA